AUGGAGACCGACAACGUCGCCGACUUGGUGACUCGUCUAGGCAGCGAUGAAGAUGCUGUGCGUAAAAUGGCCGUCUUCAAGCUGCAAAGCAACAUCGGCGACCCAUCCUUCGCCGAGCUCUUCAUCGCAGAGGGCGGGCUAACUCGCCUGCGAUAUCUGACACUACACGCCAGCGGCAAUACUCUCGCCUACAGUUUGACCAGUUUCGCCCGUCUACUCGAGGUCGAUAAAGGGUGGGAAUGUGUCGAUCAGGAGCUAGUCGAACGGAUCGUCGAGCUGAUCGUUACGCACCCUCUCGUCAACAUCCUCCGCGGGGCGAUGUCGAUUCUCGUAUCCGUUGUCUCACACCCAGUCGCCGGCACCGGUUCAGAGCAACCAGAAAUGAUGUUCGGCUUCCGGGCUCUGAAGCCUGCAAUUGCCAUCUACCCUCAAUUCCUCGAGAUGCUCGUCAGUCGACUAUCCUCGGCGGAUCACGCUCUGUGCGCCAAUGCGCUGCAGCUGAUCAAUUCGCUGAUGCGCGAUUCAAUAACUCAUGACUCGGAGGCAGAGUGGCCCAAGUUUAUCCAAAAAUUGCAGGAUUUGGGAGUCAUUCGGGCGGUUUACGUGCUCAUGCAGGAUUCUGCACUGCAAGACUUGGCUCAUCCGCUUCUUGAGUUCCAGUCUUUGACCAAGGUGCUUCUGAGGAAGUGGAGGGCCAUUUCGUUGAAUCAGGAGAAGCCUGAACAUCGACGAGCGUUGAAGGGAAUAUAUUUGGCUAGUAUGCCUAAGUCUUUGGAUGAGACGGAUAAGGAGAAAGAGAAAGAGAAAGAGAAGGAGAAGGAGAAGGAGAAGGGAUCGAAAAGACACCAUUCUGAGAAAUGGCGACGACUGGGUUUCGAAACGGAGAGCCCUACCACCGAGUUCCGCGAGGUGGGAUUCUUGGGCAUGAUGGACUUGGCAGACUAUGUGCGCAGUCAUCAGGAUGAGUUCCAGAAGAUGCUCCUCGAGCAGUCGACCAAACCGGCACGACAGCGGUGUCCGAUUGCCCAGGCGUCGUUAGCUGUAACGUCCAUCCUGUACGAACAUUUCGAGGUGGACAAGUCCGAGAUGGAUGAUUCCAAAACAUACAUGAUUCUGGAGUCGCGGUCUAGUCUGGACAAACUGUUCAGACCUCUCCUUCUUCACUGGACGCGGUUGCAUGUCGCUGGUGUGCAAGCCUUCUUCCGUCUCUGGAAGGCGACUGCCGCCGAGCUGGAGGAUCUAGACAAGAUUGUGGAGCUGGUUCGCAUCCUUAUCGAGUCCGUCGUGGGCGGUGCUUCCCGCACCAAGGAUGUUCAGGAUGUAGAAGAGGACUUGGCCAAUUUUGAAUACCAUCGACUACGCGAGCUGCAGAUGGAGCUUCUGGAGCUUACCCAUGAAGAUGCUUGGGGGGCAUCACUUGCGACAGAGCAACGCAUCCGAUGUCUGCUCCAGGGUGCUUGGUUCUCCCUUGAAUCAAGCUCCAAGAAAGACCAUGGACUAACUCGGUCCAUCUGCCAAUACGUUCAAUUGUCGCACAACCGACGAUACCUCCAUUUUGGCGAGUUUGACUCGAUGGGUGACCGAGUUCCUGAGCUUGAUAGCCUACCAGAGAAGAUCGAUCUCUCCAUCGUCUCCUCAGUGGUCUCAAACAUCUCCGCAAACCCGGACCAGUCCUCGUCUUCAACUGUCAAGACCGCUCCCCGGCAAGCAUCUACUAAAAUCACGAUUCACGGCUACGCCCAGCCCACCAACUCAAGCCACAGCAAAAGUCACGCUCGAACAGCCAGUCGAUCAACCGGGAAAGAAAUCGUCCUUCUCACCCUUCGACCCGCCACCCAUAGUGAAGCCUCGGAGUGGCUGGAUGGACUCCUCAUGCUUCUGAACCAACAGCCUAUCACGGCGGAGACGAAUAAGCUGAUUGACCUGGUUAGUAACUACGGGUUGAAGAUUCGUCUCUUGAAUGUGAGGUUUGAUGAUGCUACGUUCGCGGGCGAAACGCCGGGUGUGCCGUCACGGAAUGGAUUGGAUGAGGAUUAUUAUUAUGACGUCUUUGGUGGUGCAUAG